GAGCCGGCGGGCUAUCAAGUCUGCAAGUCUUGCGGUAAGCACCGCAAGCACACACCUCGGUCGGGAUAUACAAACUUGGUGUCUCAAGUCCGAGACUGCCACCCCAACUACGAGGUCGCGAUACGGGAUGCCAGUGCUGCAGGCACCGAAACGCUUGCGCCCUGGGUCAGCAGCCAGAAGGCAACUAACCGGUUUGGCUGGAUGCGCUGGAUCGGCAUGUGCAAUCUACCAUUCACUUUUUGCAAGUCGGAAGAGACCCACCGGUAUGGCUUUGUUACUAAAUUGGAUUCCUAG